AUGGCUUUCAAUCGUAAAAGCAACAAUAAUGCAUUUGUGAAACCUUAUUCAUACAUAUUCACAAAUAAUACAGAACAUGUUGGUAGUCCAAAGGAAGCAUAUAUUUUACAAGAUCGCCAUAAUUGUAUUGAUUCACAGCAGCUGGCAAGAUUGAUGCACUCUUCCUUAGUUGCCAAAUGUUUUCCAAAAUUUACUUUUGCUAUUGAAGCUUAUGGAGCCCCGGGGAAUUUGUCAGCUAUAUGUGACUUGAAGUCUGGUGUUGAAGUGAAGAUCACAGGACCCAUUGGGAAAGAGAUGCUUAUGCCAAAAGACCCAAACGCCAUCAUCAUAAUGCUUGCAACUGGUACUGGAAUUGCUCCUUUCCGUUCAUUCUUAUGGAAGAUGUUCUUUGAAGAGCAUGACGACUACAAGUUUAAUGGGUUGGCUUGGCUCUUCUUGGGUGUUCCCACCAGUAGCUCACUGCUCUACAAGGAGGAAUUUGAGAAGAUGAAGGAGAAGGCACCAAAUAACUUCAGGGUGGAUUAUGCCAUAAGUGGAGAACAAACAAAUGACAAGGGUGAGAAGAUGUACAUUCAAACCCGAAUGGCCCAGUAUGCUGAAGGGCUAUGGAAAUUGCUCAAGAAAGAUAACACCUAUGACUAUAUGUGCGGGCUUAAGGGAAUUGGAAAGGGAAUCGAUGACAUCAUGACUUAUCUGGCUGCCAAAGAUGGUAUUGAUUGGAUUGAAUACAAGAGACAAUUGAAGAAAGUAGAACAAUGGAAUGUUGAAGUCUACUUAUCUUGGCUUGCACUAAAUUUCUACAGGGGAUUUUGCCAUUCAGUGAUUUCCUCCCUGCUGUUUUCACUACUUUGCACCAUUUUUUAAAAACUUCUUUGACGUAGAAUUUGAAUUAUUAGCUCAACUGGCAAAUUCUUACCUCAAGACAGGUUGUAUAGUGCAAAUUUGAAGGAAAUAACUCCUAAUAUAUUGCUUUUCUAAUCACGUGUAACUUUGGUUUAAGCUUGUGGACCUGCGGU